AUAAGGACUUAUCAUGGCCUGCUUUUUCUCCAAUAGGAGUUGCUUUCUGCUAACAUUGAAUCAUGCAUAAGUUAGCUGCUGCUGCUGCAGAAAUUAUCAGAGUUUGAUUGAUCAUCGAUCAUGGCCUACUACAGCUCCACCUAUUUCGAGGAUGAUGAUCAUGCUGAUCACUACUAUCCAAACCCAUAUUCCAGUAGCUAUGAUUCAUCUCCAUCUCUUGCCUUAAUGCCAUAUUCUAGCUAUGAAUCCAACAAAAACAACCAAUUCUUUGAGUACAAUGCAGAGCCUGCUUCUUACAGUCCUCAAAGUUAUUCAUCAAUGGCGUACUACUCUUCCUUCCCAAUGGAGCCAAGGUUUCUGCAGUACACCCAGAAUCCUUCUCAGACCCAAUUUGUGAUAUCUUACUCUACUGUGGAUUUCGAUGAUUCUGAAUUUGAAGAAUACGAUCCAACCCCUUAUGGCGGUGGGUAUGAUCUUGCUCAAACCUAUGGCAAGCCGCUUCCACCUUCGGAUGAGAUCUGUUAUCCUCGCGAUCGUUCUACGGCGCCGGCGGAUCAAAUUGCUGUUGGGUCUCCGUCUCUCGCAUUGCCCAGUGAUCAGAAAGAGGAAACUGAUGAUGGGGAAGCACCAAAACCCGGCGCCAAUGGAGGUCAUGAAGAAGAGAAGCAGGUGUACGGUGUUCUUGGUGAAGGAAGCCAGGAAAAUCAUGGUGGUGAUGAUUAUGACAAGUUGGUGCCCCAAUAUACUCCAAGUGGGUAUGGGUUGGAAGCCAUGGAUCUUUGUGAAAGCUUGUUUGGUUAUUGGCCUUGCUUGGCUCGAGAGAAAAGGAGAUGCAGUGAUUGUGGUCAAGAACAAUGUGCAGAUGAAGGAGGCAGCAGUGCUGCAGAUUAUCUCUUUGGAAGUUCAUAUCCGUAUGGGGAAAGAAGGGGUGUUGGAGGAGGCUAUGGAGAUCCGAAUUAUGGCUACCAAAUGCAAUAUUAUCAGUAGCACCCUCUUUACAGGCAGGUUGAUUAUGAUUUAUGAAUAAUGAAGAUUUGCUAAUUUAAUUUAAGAAACAUUUGGGGGUCAUUUGUAUUUCUUUUUUCUUUCCAAAUAAUUCUGAAAUUCUAAAUUGUAACUCAUAAGUAUGUUCAUGGUACACUUUUUUUUUCUUUUUUC